CUACUCGUCUUCCCGAUGUGUAAACACACCUGCGAUUGAUUUGUGGUGGGAGGAGAGAGGUUGCUACAGCUACUUGUCUUCCAGAUGUGUCUCUCUGUCUGUCACUACUUUACAAUUAAUUACAGCCACUCGCUUCCGUUUCAUUGACUCCCAAAAUCUCCCAUCUCCGACCAGGAUCUUCCUCCCAGUCCCAGAUUCUAUGGCGACCUCAUGCGCCACUUUGCCCAAUUACGUGAAAUCGGAGUUAGUGGGAAGCUCAAGUUUCUCAAGAAUCUAUCGGCACAGUAGAAGCAGCAGGUGCGGAUUGAGUCGGAGAGAUUUUGCGUUUAAAGGAAUUGUUGCUGGUGGAGCUUCUGUAAUGGCGUCUACUGUUGCUGCGGAGCCACCAAAAACCAGAGGUUUGGAGAAAUUGCCAUUUAAGCCGGAGGGCUAUAACUACUGGACUUGGCGUGACAGAAAGAUUCAUUACGUGGUGGAGGGGGAGGGAUCUCCCAUUGUUCUAAUUCAUGGGUUUGGGGCUUCUGCAUUUCAUUGGAGAUACAACAUGCCUGAAUUGGCAAAACACUACAAGGUCUAUGCCUUGGAUUUACUCGGUUUUGGCUGGAGUGAGAAGGCUCUCAUUGAGUAUGAUGCUCUGGUGUGGAGAGAUCAAGUAAUAGAUUUCAUGAAGGAAAUAGUUAAAGAGCCUGCUGUUUUAGUUGGGAACAGUCUAGGAGGAUUUACUGCUUUGGUGGCUGGGGCAUCAUUAGAGAAUCAAGUUACAGGUAUUGUAUUACUGAACAACGCAGGGCAAUUCGACGAUGCCAGUAAUGCAGCACCAGUUUCUGAAGAAAAUGUGUUGCAGAAGCUUGUUCUCAAGCCAUUGAAGGAAGUUGUUCAACGAGUAGUACUUGGUUUUUUGUUUUGGCAAGCCAAACAACCAUCACGCGUUGAGUCGGUCUUGAAAAGCGUAUAUAUAAAUGCUGAGAAUGUGGAUGAAUAUCUCAUCAAUUCAAUUACAAAGCCUGCGAAUGAUCCAAAUGCUGGAGAAGUUUACUACAGACUGAUGACGAGAUUCAUGUUGAGGCAGAACAAGUACACACUGGAUAGCGUGCUGAGGCAAGUGAGGUGCCCCUUGCUUUUGAUAUGGGGUGAAUUAGACCCUUGGGUUGGCCCGGCUAAGGCUGUGAGGAUUAAAGAAUUCUAUACCAAUAAUACCUGUAGUAUAGUAAAGCUACAGGCUGGACACUGCCCGCACGACGAAGUCCCUCAUCUCUUCAACACCGCCCUCCUGAAUUGGAUGAAAACUAUAGUAUAGUAUAGAAUAGUUUUGUAUAGUAUAGUAUAACAUCAUAUCAUAUCACAUUCAGAUUUUGAUCGACUGACUCACUCAUUAUUGGUAUCUAUUUAUUUGGUAAUGAACCACCAUUGCAUA